UUUCGCAGUUAUGUUUAAGAGAGAUUCGUUAAGAAGAAAAUAAUCACUUUUGAAAAUGAUAGUUUGAUCGAAUAUUAUUAUUAAAAGUAUAUCGACCUCUUGUUCGAAUAUAGAUCUUUAUAUAUAUUUUAUAUAUAUAUAUAUAUAUAUAUAUAUAUAUUCUUUUAUAAAUGUAUUGUUUUAUAUAUAUUUAUAUAUGCGGGGUUGUGAAAAAAAGACGAAUUAAUUCGUUGCGAGGAAAGUUGGUUUCUUUCUAGAUAAAGAAAUGAAGUAAGUAAGCCGUAUGUACGGACUCGAAGUAAUAGCAUUGGAUUACCGUGCGUGACCAAGGGAACACCUCGUUUGCACGCAUCGGGUUUCAACCGGUAAUGAAAUUAUUUACCUUUCCCCAGAGGAAUUGACAUUUUGACUUCUUCGAUAGUCAGUACAUCGUACAAUGUCCAUCGAGAAAGAAUCUUCCUCGACGAGAGAACAGGAAAGUUUGAGAGGCAUAGAUCGUGUAAGUCUGACAUUUCGAACCUUGGAUAUGACAGAUUCGGAAACGAAAAGAGAUGGUUUUUUGAGCGUAACCAGAGAGCAAACUUAUGAGACAUCCUCUGACGUUACGUCUAAGGAAAAAACGAGGAGAUCAAAACGAAACGAGGAAGCUUCAAGACUUGCUGAACUUAGAUGUAUUAGUUUGGAUGAGGUUGCCUGGCACGAUACGCCGAACAGUUGUUGGAUUAUAAUUUACGAUUACGUUUACGAUUGUACCGAGCUAUUGAAGACUCAUCCGGGUGGACAAGAUGUUCUUCUUGAAUACGCUGGAAGGGAUGCCACGCUUAGUUUUAUUGGGGCCGGACAUUCGAAAAUCGCACAAGAUAUUCUCAAACGAUAUCUCAUCGCAGAGAUAACCGCGCUCGAGGGCAUUCGGCUAGCCACGGGAAUUUCCCUGAUAAGAACCAAGUAUUUUUCAACAGUGAAAAAAAAUAUUAUGUCAAAACAUUGGAGCAAUUUUUAAUAUAAACAUUAAAUAAAUUAAUAAUUUUUAAUAUAAUUUUUAAUAUUUAAUAUAAUUAUAAUAUUUUUUAUAUUAAUAGUAAGCAUAAACUUUAGAAGCUUUGACAAUGAUAUUUGACAUAUUGAAGAAACAUAGCACGCUAUAAUAUUUAGUUUAUCGUUGCUUUUCUCUUGACUAUAAACAUGCACAAUAUCGCUUUACUAAUCUCGCAAUUCUCCUCUUCACUUUACUAUAAUCCCGUACUAUUGCUGUUGUUUUCAACAGCAAUAAUGAAUGUUUGCUUUUGUUCAACCCUAAGAUCGUCCAUGUGUAUUUUGUCAUUUUUUUCUUAGAUAUUACUUUUGUGUGCCAUUUGCGUCAUUUGCAAAGUUUAUCUCUUCCUUUUUUUUUAUUAAUUAAUGUGAUGCCCGCUAUAUUAUUUAUUAUUAUACUGUUAUAGCUUUGUGAAUUGUCUUGUAUCAGUAUGGUUUGUAUUCUUCGUUUUCAAUUAUAUGUUCAGAUUUGCAUUUAUAAUACGAUAGUUUGUGUGCGUUUUUAUAAGUUGAUAUUUUAGUGCUAGUUCUUGAUUAUUAUUAUUAGUAUUAUUAUUACUAUUAUUACUAUUAUUGUUAUUAUUAUUAUUAUUAUUAUUAUUAUUAUUAUUAUUAGUGCUACUACUAUUAUUUUUCUUAUUCUUAUUAUAUUUAUAAUUAAAAUUAUAAUAUUCGUGUAUUUAUAUUCAGUAACAAGUUCGGCUCUUUUAAAAAUAAUUCACGCACAUCGUCUCAUGAAACAGAGCGGUUAUACUUAGUGUGCGUUUAGACAUGACACGACCAAUCGUAAUAAUCGAAUCGCAAAAUGGUAUUAUCUAUAGAUAUACUUUUCGAUAAUAUAUUUGAAGCAUUGUUAUACAUUUCUAAUGAUUUAUACGUAUUUAUUAAUUUUUGUGAAUAUAUUUUUAAGGUAUUCAUCAUCGAUAUCGUAAAAGCAAAAGAAAGAAGGCCAGAUUUAAUGAACGUCACGCGUGUGACAAAUCGAAAAAUCAGACCAGAAAAAUAAUUUUACUUAGUUUUACGUACAUACGAUAUGAUUAAUGGUCUUUAAGAACGUUGAAGAAUUAUCGGCAUUGCACGGAUCUAGAUAUAUUUAGGGAUAAAACAAAAUUUUAUAUCUGUCGUGAAAUUGUAGGAUGAUGAAUAAUUUAGAGUUUUCAUUUUAACUCUGAUCGAUUAUGUUCUAAUUGAUUAGUCAUAUAGAUAUCAGAUUCUACGAAAGUACGAUAAUAAUUAUUUUUAUUAUGUUUUAUUUCUUAUUUUUACGAUCAUUAUAUGACAAGUGAUCGAUCGUAAGAAUAUAUAGUACGUGAUCAUUAUAAUAAUUUACAUUUCUUUAAUCAUUUUUAAACUUCCAAGAUAUCAACAUUCUUUUUUUUCGUACCUUUAAUGGUACCUAAUCAAUUAAAUAAUUCAAUAUACACAGCAACAAUCUUUUAUCUUUCAUAUUUCCUUCCUCAAAUUGUUUUCGCGAAUUUUAUAAUUGUGAAAUGUAUUAUUUUUACGUAUAACACAACAUCAACAUUGAUUUUUACAUUGCUACUUUCUGUUUUUUAUAUGCCAAUUCGAUAAAGCUACACAUUAAUAUUAUUCAUUUCAUAAAACGUAUAUUAUUUCUUAUACUCUUAUGAUAUACGUUGCACACACAUAUACGUAUUCUUAUCGAGUAUUUUUUUUUUAUAAUCCGAUUAGAGACUAUUCUCAUUAAUGAUGAAAAGAUUACAGAUUUUUAUUCCGGAAUCGAUUCGAAAGCUUUCCCGGCUUAUUAAAUAGAUAUUAGCAAAAACUCAGCUAUCUCGUAUCGAUUUUUUCGUUGGGCGAAAUCAGAAUUGAUAUAUAUGCAUAUAUAUAUAUGUGUGUGUGUGUGUGUGUGUGUGUGUGUGUGUAUAAUAAAAAGGAACGUAGACGAACUGAAAAAAAAAUUUUUUCUAUCUCUCUCAUUCUUUUCUCUCCUCUUUUUUCCCGUAAAUAUUACUCGUCACCGACUUUCCACGAUCAUGAACAAACGAAUUAAAAGGGAAAGUAAUAAGGUUAUUAGAACGCCAGUAAAACGUCGUCGCCUACCAUUUUUAAUCUUAAGGUUUCUAUUUUAUAGUGAACACAGAAUAUUAUGAUUUCAGAGAUUAGUACUAAUUUUCUUUUCUUUCUUUUUUUAAUUUGAAGUAUUACAAAUGAAUACGAACGCGUUUAUUCAAUAUCGGUUCGAAAAAUGAACCAAAAUAAAUAUUGAUAAUUGUUGUUGCGACGUUUUGAUUUCGAUCUGC